AUGAUAGCUCAAAUAUAAAAAUUUAGACAUUUGUUCCUUAGUAUAUACAAAGAAGAUUAGAGUGAGGCUCUUCUUAAAAUAGGUUUUGUAACAGAUUUUAUCAAGAAUAAAUUCUAGCAAGUGUCAUUCCUUUUCGGCCUUUCAUUUUAUGCAAGAAUAGAAUAACUAUUUGUUCGCUUUUAAAAUGAUGAAAUUUAAGAUAUUUUAAACUACUUCAAACAAAUUUUAAGCUUGUAAAUGAUACCUGAGGAAUAAAAGUAGAUUGAGACAGUUUGCUAAUGGCUUCAGAAAAUGAUCUCUUUUUUGGAAAAAUAAUAAAUGGAAAAUUUUGAAAAUUAUAUUUAAUUUUACAACUAGGUAUUUUACUAAGAUGUAUUUGAAGAAUAUGCAAACAGAAAAGAUUAAACUCUUGUCGAGGAGAGUCUAUCAUUCGCAAGCAGUCUUUAUAUCUAAAAGUGGGCUGUUGGAAUGGAAAAUAUCAACAAUGAAAUAGUUAAGGAGGGUCUCAAGUACCUUUAAAGUGAUUUAGAAGAAUAUUUAAAACUUAAUGAUGAAAUGAAGAUUUAUUAUCUUGCAGAGGUUUAUAGCCUUUCAAUCAGAUUUUUCUUAGAUCUUUAAGAUGAAGUAUAAGUGUACAAUAAGAAAAAGUCAUCAAUCACUUAAGAUUAUGAGAGAAAUAACGAUUUAUCACUUAACUUGAUUUACAAUCCUACUACUGAUUCUUUUAGAAUCUGCUAUGAAGAAAAUUAUAAAGGCCAAUAUCAGCAAUACUAAUACUAUUAUAAGUACAACAGGUAUUUGAACAAAGAGAUUAAGAACUGUCAAGACAUAAUUAAUUGUGUCAAAGAAAAGAGCAUUAAUGAAAUUAAUGAGAGAUUAAAAGAUCUAUAAAACGAAAUAUAUAAAUACGAAAGUUAAAUAGAAGAAAGAAAGAAAGAAAUAGAAGAUGGAAUUUCUCAAUAUAAUAAUUACUAGGUCCUAGAAAAAUAGUUAGAAUAAGAAAUAUAAUAACUGAAAUAAAAUAGAGAACAGCUAAACAUGAUGCUCAUUUAAUAAUAAUAUAAGGAUGAAGCUGCUCUUAAACAAUAGAUGGAGAGAGAGAAAAUAGAGUAGUAAUAGAGGAAAGCCAGGCUUGCCUAUGAGUUAGAUUGUUAGUAAAGACAAAUAAAAGGCUAAAAUCUAAAUUAAUAUUAUAUAUCAAAUUACGAUAUAAAUACUUCUUUAAGAUAACCAUAAAUGUAAGCUAAUUAUGAAUAUGAUGAUUGUUUAGCAACAACUAAUAUUGUAAAAAAAUUUUACUGUGAAGUAUGUACUGUUACAUAUGAAUUAAACAAAUAAAUUUAUUUUAGUUGUUGUGGAAAAAAAUAUUGUAAGGAUUGUGUCAUUAGACAUUUUGAAAGCACUCAAAUAAUUCAAGACAAACGAAAAUUAGUUUGUUUUUGUGGAUAAGAAUUAGAAAACAUAAACCAAUUUCUAGAUUUAUAAAUUAUUACAGAAAAAGUCAUGAAAAUAUUUUAGUUAGAGCUCAAGCAGUGUGUUAGCUCUAAAUGCAACUAUAAAUUCUAUGUUAAAAAUAAAAACGCAGCCACAGUUACAUGCCCUGCAUGUAAGACAGUACAUUGUACUGGCUGUUUCAAGGAGUCCCAUUCUAAAGAUAGUCUUCUUUGCGGAGAAUAAAUUAAAAACUUUGAAACUGCUAUUGAUUUACAUAUUAAUUACAUUUAAUAAUAAAUUGAUUAAUAAAAUGCAUAGCCAAAUGCUAAUGACUAGUAAGUCUAAAAUAGAAUUGUAGAGUUGGAGAAAGAAAAAAGAUUUAGAAUCUGCCCCUAUUGCUAUAAUCUCUUACUUAAAGAUGACCAUUGUGAACAUAUUAAAUGCCCUGAGUGUAAAAAAGAUCUUUGCUUUACUUGCGCUUGUCUAAGAAUUCCUACUAUGGCACAUGACAACUAAUUUCACAGAAGAGAAUGUAGCUAUGCAGAUAAGAGAAAUCUUGCAAAUAUUAAAUUUGAAUAAAAAUGUGAGGAAUGUGUUAGAAACUAAAAAGUCUGUGAAGUUCCUAGUGAUUUUUAAGACUAUUGCUAGGACGUUGUUAUAGCAAAACUUGGUUAAUAAUUCUUUGAUAGGUAUCCUUAAAAUUGGUAAAUAUAAUAAUUUUGA